AUGACCAACAACGAGCAGCAAACUGGUCUUCAGUUUUUCACUGAAGACGUUCUUCUCGAGGACGGUAAUCGCAAGAUCCAAGGGCGCGAACAGGUCAUCAAAGUGUUGGAAGAGGCCCACAACGGAAUCAAUGAAGAAUUGCAGAUCCGUGCUUGGGCACAGACUGGGGAAACUCUACUGGCUGAGCUUGAUGGCGAAUUUAUCAGUGAUGAGGAUGCGCCGCAGCAUUUUUUCUACCCGUUCAAGAAGGGUGAGAAGGUGCGAUUCCGCUUCUUGGUGGCAUAUACGGUGGUUGCAGGGCGAUUUUCAAACAUUCGGAUCACCUACUGGCCAUCUCCUAUCUCUGCAUAA